UCCUCGGUUGCCCUCGUAGAUACCCUUUCCCCUUCUCCACCCGUAAUAGAUUUCUUUACUUUAACUUUUAUUAUAAGUUUUUGUACUCCCUUUCAGUGCCUUUGCACCUACCGACACUGCAGUGCGCAGUACGGUAGGAUUUGCUUUUAACUUCCUCUGCGACAUGUUCACGACCACCGGCUCUCGGGGACUAUAUAAAGCCCCAGUGACCAAGGGCCUGCUCAUCGUCCCCAGUGCUGUGGCCGUGUUGUUUACUGUCGUUUUAUCGCAGUACCAGGGUCUCUUCCUCAACAACCUGCAGGCCGUCCGACGGGAUUACCAGGUGUGGAGGUUGGUGUCUGGCAGGCUGGUCUAUUUGGACUUGAAGGACACAUUCUGCAGCUGCCUCCUCAUCUACAACUUUCGCAUCUUCGAGCGGCGGUACGGCAGCCGUAAAUUUGCAUCCUUUCUGUUCGGGACCUGGGUGCUGUCGGCUCUGGUGGACCUCCUGCUCACUGAGGCCCUGAAGCACGUACUCCAGCUGUCAGUGGAAAUCCUGCCGUCUGGACCCUUGGGCCCGGUCUUCGCCCUGUUCGUGCCUUUCUACAGCUCCAUCCCCCGCGUGCAGGUCACCCAGGUCCUGGGUCAGGUCUCCAUCACCAACAAGACCUUGGUCUACAUCGUGGGCCUGCAGCUGUUAACAUCGACCCCUCUGAUGUGGAUAAGCUGCCUCAGCGGUCUGGUAUCAGGGCUGUUGUACCACUGUGACAUGCUGAGAGUUCAAGCGGUACUCUUCAUCCCGCGAUGGAUGGCCAGAUGCUCCUCCUACCUCCUGCAGCCCCUCCUCUCAGGGGCGGAGCCUGCACGUGACUCCGCCCUCGGUAUGGGGGCCACCCUGGACAUCCAGAGACAGCAGCAGCAAGACCUGCUGGAGCAGCAGCUCCUCCAAUCACAGCUCAGCACACCUGCACCAAUCACCACACAGCUGCUCCACCUCCGGAGGACCCGCAACCAGCAGGGUCUGAUCAACUGGAACCGGUUCUUCCCCUCCAUCCGUCACCGCGGGCGAAACGCCCGCCCCCCCGCCCCCCCCGCUCAGCCGAGCCCUGCCGACCGCGGCCCCGUCUCCGAGGAGCAGGUGGCUUUGCUGAUGGAGAUGGGCUUCUCCAGACUGGAUGCACUGGAGGCUCUCCGUGUAUCCAACAACGACCUCAACAUGGCCACCAACUUCCUCCUCCAGCACUGAGAGGGAGGGAGGGAGGGAGACUGAGAGAGUGACUGAAAGAGAGGGAGAAUGACUGAGGGAGAGAGAGAGAGGAAGAGUGACUGAGAGGGAGGGGGGGAGAGAGAGAGAGAGUGAGGGAGGAUUGGGACAGGAACACUUCUGUUCUGCUCUCUGAGAAUGGUGUCUGUCCAUCCUCUCGGAUCCAGGGAAGAGCCGCUCCCUCGGGAAAAUGUCUCUGUUGCAGACAGGAUGACAAACUGUCCUCUGAGCGCUUUGCGUACCUAUGACGACCAAUGCAGUGAUUAUUAAUUAUGACUGUGUGUCAAAAGGCCUCGCUGCUUCACCUCUCUGCUCCGAUUGGCUAAUUACUGCCUGUGUCCUCACACACACACACUCACACACACACACACACACACACACACACACACUCACACAGACACACACACACAGACACACACACACUCACAUGCACGCAUACACAUACACACACACACACACAGACAUACACACACACACACACACACACACACACACACACACGCCCCCCCCAAC